AUGCUGGGCGACGCGGUGGCCUUCAUUGCCUUGUACCUACCGCAAUCGCUCUUCCCGUUCGCCGUGGCGUUCGGCCUACCCGUCGUCAUGUACGGGAUCAUCUCGCUCCUGGAGCUGCUCAUUUUCGGCACUAAGCAAAACCAACCGCAGAACCAGCGGAGAAGGCAAGCGCCGCGCGGCGUCAUGCAGAUGAGCCGCGCGCUGUACGAGCAGCUGGACGGUGACAUGCUGCAGCUGCUCAUGAGCAACCGCGACUUUGACAGCAACGACUACGAGCGCCUCAUGCGACUCGAGGCGCUGAACGAGCGCCGCCAAGAGGGUGCAACACCGCAGCAGAUCCAGCAGCUGCCCAUCAUCACAGUAACGUACAGUAUGCUGAAAGCAUCCGAGAACGCUAGCUGUACAGUGUGUCUGAACGUUUUCCAGGUCGACGCUCCUGUGCGUAUGAUGCCGUGCUUCCACCGGUUUCACCCUCAAUGUAUCGAUCCGUGGCUUCAGGAGAAGGGACGGUGUCCUAUCUGUAAGUUCCCUGCCUUCGCUUGAGCAAACAUUUUGGCCUUCGAUCUUGUCCAUACUGUACCGAAUUCCUCAAAUGUAAACGCCAUUUUUACUUUUGG